ACAAAACAGAAACUCUGAUUUUGACUUGAAUUGAAGAUAUAACACAAAUACAAAACUCAUCACAUAGUUUGUUAAAUAGCUUUCAGAAUGAGGAGAAGGAGCAGUAGUUCUUUCAACAGGACGCCCCUUGUCAAACGACGCACAAGUAGCGUUGGUUUUGAUGAAUUUGGUUUUGCGCUCAGCAAAAAGAAGGAGCAAAAGCUUCAACACAGAUCUCAUGACUACAGUUAUCCAGAACCAGACGCAUUGAGGGUGAAGCAGUUAUGCGAACUGUUGAGCUAUUGGAACGGUUCGAGUUUCAUUUGUCGUAGCCAGAUUGAGCGCUUCAUCAGAAUGGGUAUUCCUUCAUCUUUGAGAGGAAGAGUGUGGAAGUGCUUACUCAACCUCGACUCCUACAACGGAUCCCAUGAUUUCAACUACCAGACAUGCCUGGAUGAGAUCCGUCAGCCGUUGGUGGAUCUGGGGCUGAGUGAGUACAGCAUCCUGUCUGCCCUCAGUGUCUCCAGCCAGACCCCAUCUCUUUCAUCAGCCCUGGCCCCUGCUGCCCCAUCCCUUUCCCCAGCCUCGGCCCCUGCUGCUCUGGGCUUCUGUGGGGAGGAGGUGGCUCUCUUCCACCACAUGGCACUGGAGAUCAAGAAAUCCUUUCCGACACAUCGCUCUCUCAUGGGGGAGAGUCCUGAAGCGAUCGAGGGGCAGGCCAAGCUCUUUCGAGUCCUCACCGUCUACACCAAGUUCAAUCCCCAGGGUUACAGCCAGGGAAUGUGCUGCGUGGCCGCUGUUCUGCUGAUGCACCUGAGUGAGGAGGAAGCCUUCUGGGCCCUGGCAGUUCUCUUCCGGGAGCCCAAAUACUUACCCGAGCUCUUUGACCUUUCGCCAGAGAGAGUCCAGCGUCAGGCAGCAGUGUUCCAACAGCUACUCAAACACAGGAGACCGGCCCUCUCACAACACCUGGAGGAGUGUGGUGUGUCUGGCCUGCAGUUUGCUCUGCCCUGGUUCCUGGCCCUCUUCAGCGGCCUGCCCUGCUGGGACUCUGUCCUGGCCAUCUGGGAUGUCAUCAUGCUCCAGGGCUGGGCUGGUGUGUUCCGUGCGGCUCUAGCCCUGGUGUCCGUGCUGGAGCCCUGUCUGAUGGCCCUGACAGACCACAAGGCCAUGCUGUCCCUCCUGCUCCGGGUGCCUGUGGAACUGUCUAAGCACUGUGUUCUGGCCCCAGUCCUGUGGGCAACGGAGGUCCAGGAGUCGGACCUGAAGAACAUGGCCAGUCUGCUCUUGGAGAACGAUGAGGACGCAGAAGAGCCACACAAAAACUCGGUCUCGAAGCUCAACUGUACAUCUCCGCCGACCACAGAGCCUAAAGUCCACAAGACGGAAGCCAAAACGCCACCAGCGCUCGGAGCCAAGGACCAUACAAAGGACACCACCGGUUGCGUGGCCAAGAACGUGUUUGUGCGGAUGCUCCGCACAGCCCAGCGGUACCUGGUGGUGGUGGGCCAGCCAGGCGGCCACGGCAAGCCCUGCUCUACUGUGACCCAGCCCGCCAAGGCCAAGGCCAAGGCCCUUCCACAGACUCAGAGCAAAGCCAAGAGGAGGAGCCAGGGCCAGGGCCAGAAGAGGCUGAGUCUGCACAGCCUGUCCAGGAAACAGAAACAAGCCCCCAAACCCACCACCACCACCUCCCAGGACACAGAGGCCAGUGCUGCCACAGAGGACUGCUCGGGGGCUAACCUGCGGAGACUGAAGUCGGGCCCGGCAGGCUCGGGCGCGGGUGCGGGGCGUGGAGGAACCCGGCGGAGGAAGAGUGUCCACAAGGCCUUCAAGCGGAGCUCCCUGCAGCUGUGUCCUCUCUCCUCCUCCUCCUCCUCACCGUGCAGCUACACCCCAUAUAAGGCCCUGCUCCGCAACCAGGAGAACUACCAGCCUGCCCCGCUCACGCCAGCACACUACAGGAUGCUCCCUCAUGACACUCAGGAUGGGCAGAGCAGCGGGACGAUGAUCCGAGAGUCUCAACUCAUCUGAGAAGAGGUGAAGAUGGGGGAGGAUGAAACACCUCUCCCCUUCCCCUUCCCCCUU